UGACUUACGGAGUGAAUGUCCUAUGAGCUGCGCGCGCAUCCCUUAGGGACUUUGUGCGGCGCGGUCACGAUGCAAACCGACGAGGACAUUCAGUAUGCGCCGAGAAGCCGGCCGGUGAGCUUUUAUGACAACUAUAAGGUCGUACCAGUGAUGCCGCCUUGCGUCACUUCCGCCAUGAGCGUGGGUAAUCUGAAUCAGAUCCGUGACGGAAAUGGCACGUCCGCCGUGUCUCAGAGCAACAACAACAACAACAAUAUUAACAGCGGCAACAUUAACAACAUUAAUAAUAAUAAUAACAACAGGGUCAGUAGCGCCGUCAGCGCGGGCAAUGUAUCGAAGAUUCAUACUACCAAGGUCACCGGUGCAGUAUCAACCGGGAACAUCGGACGAAUCUCCCGCGGCGAUAAAGAAAAGGAACUUGGUCGAGCACCAUCGAUGGCCAACUGCUUGUCGACCACAGUUCCUGUCAACCUGGCAGCUUCUCAAAUAGCCGGUCGACACACACCCACAAGAAAUUCUUUGAGGCACAGCAGGAUGAUUGUGAUGCAUCGAACUGGUCAUCAUCAAGAGAAGUUUUUACCUCCUUUGGUCCAUCAUCGACGAUUAGCCCGAUGUUUGGCGGCGUUGCAGACCAUUCUUGGUGUCGCGGUGACUUUCCUGUCAUUGUGGUUACUGCUUUGGGCACCGCAUCUUCCCAUCGUGGACAAUCCUUAUUGGAGUGGCAUGCCUCUUUUGAUGUCGGGUAGUUUCGGAAUCUGUCUCUUAUGCUGUUUUAAAGAAGAAUAUCCGGGUAUAAGCCCCGGAUUUUGUCUUUCCGCCACAAAGGUUGUUAGCGUGUUUUUGGCGGUUUCGGCGACCAUUGCGUGCGUGAGCGCGUGCGUAUUCUCCGCGAUGCACUUGUCGCGUCUCAUGGGACUGGAAUGCACUCCGGCACGAGUACUAAAUGCCACGUGUGUAUGCAGGCCACGUGGUGAGCCGCCUAAUUCAUUCGAAGGUGCAGUCAGAUAUUUGGACCUUAAUUGUCCCGAGGUAGAAGGUAUUCUGACGAUACUUCUCAUCUUCUCUUGUACUUGCAAUGGGUUAGGCGUCUUGAUAGCGGGAUGCUAUAGUUACCUUCAUUGGAGCACACGAUACAAGAGACCAAAGUAUAUACAGGUCAGAACCAAUAACAUUUCCACGCACAAUACGCUCAACAAUAGACCGAUCUAUAAACCGAAGGAAGAACGAUGACGCUUGCAGAUGCUAUAAUAACCGAAAUGCUUCCAUUUUGUUGUGAUCCAUCAAUAUUUUUUUCAUGAUCAUGAGAUUGAUCAACACAAUAUUACAUAUAUGAUGAAGAUAAGCGAUUAUGAUAAAUGAUAAUUCUUAUUGCAUUAAAGCGAAGUUAAUCCAAUAAAUAAAAUGACAAAAACAAUUGCUCUGACGCACAAAGCAGAAGAAGAAACAUAUUUUACAAAGAUUUUACAAAGAUAUGAACAGAGAAAUUUUAAUUAACAAACUAGAAUUCUUUUUAUUAUUCCAUUCUGGAUAACAAAUUCGCAAUUUUGCAGAAAGAGACAUAAUAAGUACUCGGAAAAAAUCGUUCUCAUAAUCGAGAAAUCAAGAUUAAAAAAAGUAUAAAUGUAUAUAUUUAUUAUUAAUCAUUAACGAUAUAAUAAUGUGAAUUAUAAUGAUAUUAUUGAAAUACGACACAAUAAUGGAUUAUACUAUACAAUGAAAAACGGAAAAACAAUUUCGGACUCGAUAAUUAGCGCUUAUUUUUUAUUACGUGGAGGCUCAAUAUUUGUUUAAACUUUAUGUGUGUAUUUAUGUGUGCGUGCAUCUGACAGUGCGUUUGUCUUCCAACGUAAAAGAAAUUUCAAACGAACGAAGACUAAAAAAUACUACAUAUUGAUUUUUAUUCUUUUAUAUUAAGAUUAAAACUUAUAAAUAAAACAAAUACCUCAAAUAU